AUGGCUGCGACAACCUUUGAUACGGGCCGUUUCCUUGGACAGUAUUCAGCAAAAAAACUACCACCAUUAUCGCAACCAAAAAGUGACAGAGGGGCGUUAGGUAAACAUAACAUAUUUGACUGCUUAAAUAAUCAGGAAUUACUUAGUGUACCUAGAUCCACUGUAUUUCUUUCCGAUAUACCAAACUUUGAAAAAGGUGUCACUGCUCUUUCUCAAAGUAACAAUAUUGAUAACACAAAGUUUAACAACUCAAAGAUAUCACUUCCAGGUAUUUCUACAGUUAUAAAUUCAACCAACUUAUAUUCUAGGGAUAAUUUUACUACAAACUCAGUGUCCAACCCAUCAAGAUCUUUUAGUAUUAACUCAACAACUACCUCUGCUUCUAUAGCAGAUGUUACGGACACUACUCCACCACAACACUCGGCAGCUCUUGGUGCGUUAUUUCAAGUUGUUGAUAAUGAAUAUAAAAAAAAUUGCGAUGAGAUGUAUCAACAAUGUAUUGUUGAUGUAAUGAAAGAACGACAAAAAUUUGAAAAUACGUUUAAGACGCUACAAAUGACAAGAAUUGAUAAUGUAUCUUCUACUUCAAUACUUGAAUAUAUCGAUGAGCAAAAACUUAUCAAUUUGAUGAAAUCAAGCGAUUAUAUCACUCUCAAAUUUUCACAGUUACUCGAAAUAAAGCAAAAAUCUUUGUACCAUACCACUACAAAAAUUUCAAAGUGCAGCACCCCGACGAUCAAAAGUACUGAUAAUCUUUUUUCAGUCAAUUUACCUUCUCCACUUACCGCAGUCUCCUCAAGAGGAACUCAAAUAACCCCAGUCAAAUACUACUCGACGCCAAAUUUGGUUUCCUCAGCGAGUAACAGGAAUUUGUUUCCUUCCACCAAACCGGAUCCACAUCUACAUUAUGAAAGAGCACACUUCCAGAGGGGCCCAGAAUCAAACAGUAAUAUACAAGUUGCCUCAUCGUUGAGAUUUCUUCAACCACAGGUAAAGCGUCAUUAUGUGCCUGUCGUUAAAUUAAGAGAAAGGCAAUCAAAUAUUGACGUACAUUAUGGACCUAGAAUGGUAGAUGGAUAUGAGAUAUCAGGUCAAAACAGCAACUUGAAAUCUGAAGAACAAACAAGCUCGGUAGCUAUGACACCCAUUCUAACAGAUGACCGGGUGACAACAUUCAAGGAUAUUAUGAUUGUAAAUCCAAAGGUAUGUGACCCAUCUAAACGACCUUUGGCCUAUACCCAGCCAUUGGAGUCAUAUUUUGACUCUGAUGAAGAAGAAGAAACGGCACAGAUAAUUUCGUCUGGGUCGUCAUCCUCCUCAGGUAAUUUACUGGAGGGAGUUAAUAAUGUGUCAAGAGAAGGCAAGCCCUAUAGGAUUGUUAAACACAACGGGGGCAAUAGAAGAAGAAAGAAAAAAGCACCGAAGUUUACUCGUGAUGAACACGGUAACUUGAAAACGUGUGUUCAUUGUUCAGAUGCUGACACAGCAGAGUGGCGAGUUGGACCGUAUGGCGAACGCACUCUUUGUAAUGCAUGUGGGCUGUUUCAUAGAAAAUUAACAGACAAAUUUGGAGUAAAGUAUUCGAACAUUUUGAUGCGUUACCGUAAACGUAUUAAUCCGUUUAACAGACGUGUACCAGCGUUCAUAGAAGUUCCUGCAAAUUUUGUGAAAAAACUACUGGCUGAUCCAACAAUAGAUCAAAAUUUCUUCAAUAUAAAGUAG